AUGGGAAUCAGUUCAAUUCUCUUCUGUGUUCAUCCGAAUGCUCCAGUUAUUUGGGAAUCGACCCAGGACUUGUAUACACUUUGCCAGCGGAUAGCCUUCAUUGAUCCAUUGGUGUCUUCAAUCGUUUACAGUCGUGUUGUCACUCACGAAAUACAUCUCUUCACUGCCUUCAAACCCAUGCUUUGUUCACGAGCCGGCAGUGUUGAUGAAAUCUGCACAGAAUAUCUAAGUCACGUUGUGGAUUGUAUUCUUGAUGGCGAGAUGGUCGCUUUUAAUGGCUUCACUGGCCGAUUCGUCACAAAAGCCAUGGGUUUUGAUGUCAAGCGUCUUGGUGUUAACAGUACAAGUACUAUUGGAGCGACUGACGCCCUGCCGUGCUUUAUUGCCUUUGAUGUUCUUUACUUGAAUGGGAGAGAUAUUGUUAUGCGCUACUUCGAAACUUGUUUGGAGAAUGGCGCAGAAGGGUUAGUAGCAAAGGCGACUUCAGCCAUCUACGUACCAAACGGACGCGCGCAUUCUGGCUGGUGGAAAUUAAAGCCUGGUUAUGUGCUUGGCCUCUGUACUGAUCUUGAUUGUCUUGUCGUUGGUGCUUACUUGGGUCCCUCAAACUCACCUCAUAGAAUAUUUUCCUCUUUCCUCUGCGCUGUUUUUAACGACGAUGAGAGAGGUGGUGAUGAGGUGAGAACAGAGCUGGGCAAUGUUUUGACGCCUCUUCCAUCAUUUCUAACCUUUUGCCGGGUCCACGCUGCAGAAAUAAUGCCGAGUUCCUCAUACGCGGCAGGUUUUACUCUUCGAUUUCCACGUGUUACUACUGUUCGAGAAGAUAAAAAUUGGCAAGACGUUAUUACUAUAUCGGAAGUCAGAGAGCUCAUUAAAAACGGCGGCGAAGGUGUUAAGUCGUUCGUCUUUGCAGGCGUCGAAUUUUGUCUCUGCUUAUCGUCUGAGUUCUCCGGUCGAGCUCCAAUCUUCACAAAAGUUGAUAUCGAAAAUGCCAUUCUUAGAAGACAUGGCAAGUUGGUCCAAAAUCCUGGGCCGAAUACGACUUAUGUUUCGAAUUUAAUUGAAGCAACUAUCCAGGGGAAGGCCCGCGGUAAAGAGGGCGGUUUAUUGGAGUUCGUUACGUCGGAUCGCCUGAAGGAUGAGAUAUUCCCUCGAAUGAUUGAAGAUGGGACCGUUAUGGACAGUGUGAAUUCUAACUACAUGUUUUUUCGUCGACUAUCAGCGAACGAGUAUACGAAUUUCUUGAAAGACAGUGGUUUCUCCUGUGUAAGGCUACCCCUAUGUAGCACAAGUUUUGUCUUCUUUGGCUCUCAACUGUUCUCUCCUCAACUGGAACUUCUAAUAACCGACCUUCGAUCUCUGCAAGCUACCGUAAAUGGAUCAUUUUGGGAUGCCUCAUGUCUAAAUCUCAAGAAAACGGGCAUUGUUACUCACCUAAUUAUCGAUACUACUGAAAGUGCCUCGAACGCCAACGUUCAAGAAUUCCUUAAAGCAGUGUGUGAAUCAACUGGACAAUUAACAACUCCCGUUGUUGCGACCAUUGACUGGUUAAUUGGCUACGUUACUCGCAUGGUCCGAAAUGUAAUGCAGCAUGAUGAUACGUUGGGUUGGAUAUGGACCAAGUUUGAACUUCUCUUCCCAGUUGUCAAGUUCAACUUCGAAAUGUCAAAAUUGUGUUUCGGAAACCAAUUAAUUCCGCGUGCUUUCGUGCUUACCUGCCAAAAGGCCCAUGGGAUUUACACACAAGAAGACCCAACUUGGCAAUUCGAUAAAUAUCAACACUGGGCCUCUUUCGAGUUCCAACACCUCAUCGGAUCUUUUGUACCCGUCUCUAAGUAUUCCGGUCACUAUGUUGUAGAAGAGCCACCACAAGGAGCCGAUGUAUUCCACGUUUUUAAUCUUGGACGGGGAAAAAUAACUUAUAAACAAGACCAACCAGGUCUGGUCUCAUUAGAACCUGAACAGGUACAACUUCGUGGAAGCGAUAUAUCUGUGCUCCGGACAUUCCCGAAAUGGGAAAUGGCGAUCAGUGUAGAAAAAGAUUUUCUUUUAGCCUAUGGACCCUGGGCGGAUCGCCAGCGGGAAAUGCUAUGGAAAUUCUUUUUCCCGGCCUCCUAUCGUUCAGCCGAGGUGACCCCACCAGCUACCGUUGGGCAACUUCGUGCAGCUCAAAAGUUCACCCUCGAUGUCAGCAGCUCAACUACAGUUCAGCUCGACUUUUGGUUCACCCGCCGCAAAAACUGCUCAAGUAAAUUUUCCAUUCAUGGCGGACCAGAUUCGACAUUUAAACUAUCACUACCCUGGGUCACAGGCGAAGAUGGCUCCACGACUAAAUUGGCUCUGAGUCUAACUAAAGGUGGUGUUGUAACUGAUUGCCUAUGGCAUGACCUUCUCGCGUCUUCUCAGCUUGAUGUUAUUUUGCGAAUCCACUACCCACGGGUCUGGAAUUCUUUGCAGACUUGGACUUUUGAUCUCGAUGGCAAAGAAGCUAUAUUUUGCAUGCUCUUUACUCAAAAAGCAUACUUCAAGGCGUUUGUGUCUUUUCGUAUGAACCGGUUCAACUUCGACUUUGAACUGCCAUUUGUUGACUUUCUUCCUACGUCCGUGCCAAUCAAAUUUGACAUUAAAGCUUCGUCUGCGUCCUUGUGCCUUUCGCUUCCUGAAACCAGUACACUUCUCUAUAUGCUGAAGGAAUUGCACGAAAAUCUCAAACUGGCCGAUCGUAAUUGCAAGCCGUUAAAAAGUAAUCCCUUCCAAAUUAUCGAGGAGACUCUUCCGAACCCCAGCGGUGAUGCCGAAUGCACACAUCACAAGCGAUAUUGGCUGCAGUGUUGGAGGGCACGCAUUGCCCAUAUAAAGAUUGGCUACACCUACCAUCCAAUCCCGUGGGUUUCCGAGUUCUGGCAAUUUCUGCCUGUAGAUUGGAGCAAGGCCCAAUCAUCUCAUGGUCCUUUGAACAUUGACAAAGUUAUCGCGCCACGAGAUCCUGAAGAGUCUGCUCUUGGUAACCUCCGGCCUGAAGGAUCAAGGGCCCAUGGGCCAACCGAAUCGGAACUUAUCCGAGCUAAUUUCGACCCUUCUUAUUUGCCAGCCGAUCGUGUGGACGUUCACGUCGCCAUUCCGAGUUCCCAACUCCUGUUUUAUGGUGCUCUCGUACGCCACAUUCUCCACGUGAAAGAAGCAUACUUUGGUUGCUACCAGACUCCCAUCACAACAGAGAACUUAAAAGACUAUGGCCUCACUGAAAAAGGUGAUGGUUGCGCCGUACCUUCUUCUGUUAGGAACCAACUGGGAGAACCAAACGCCGUGGUGGAUCCCCGGGAAUACCGACCCCUCGGAGUGAGAGUCUCAAUUGCUAUCCACAGCCUGCAAGCCCAUCUGCCCAUGCACACUAGCUCUGAAAUACCUCUGUGUCCGACAGCGUUUCUCGAUUGCAUAGGCUUCGAGAUGGACAAGGGUUUUUAUGAAACCAAAUUACAGCUACUCUUUUCCCCAGUUCUUCUCUGUGUUUUUGACAAGUGCAACGCCUAUCGCCCACCCAACGCCUCAAACCUCUGCACAGGUCGGGCUCAACUCACUGGAUUUGAGUUACGAGGACAUGCCAUGUUCAGUAAUAGAGGUUUGCCACUCAAAGCCGAAACUGUCGAAUAUGCUUGGUUGUUCGAGAUCACAUGUGGCACCCUCUCUGGCCAAAUCACCGCACCUCAGCUCUCCUCUCUUGUGCACUGUGUCUCUAGUUUGAUCUUUUCAGCUAUUGACAUGGAGAAUGCUAUUCUCUCUCGUCGAUCGGAUGAACUAUGUCAGCAUGCUCUACUUCCCAUGGAGUGUCCUUUUUGGUUAAACAAGUCGCCUGGUGCUGAGUUAUGUCCGACGGAACUUGAACUUAAAUAUCGUCUCCUUCGAUUUAACCUUGACGGCGUGGAAUUGGCCGUUGUGGAGGCGGGCACGUGCCUUAUGGUCAUGCUGGAUGCGGUUCGUGUUGCCCGUUGUAACAUGCACGACGUUCACUCUCGUGAUGGUAUCUCUGUCUUCUUGCCUCGGGUCCAGUUCCUGCAACUUAUAAAACCCAUCGAAAAAGCCCCUACGAGGCCGCUGACAAAAGAGGGUAUUUCCUGGGGCCCUUUCUCCCAGGCAACUUCGUCUUCCCAACCUUGGCUCGAAGCCGGAUCGGUUGGCUUCGGCCCCGUCCAUAUCCACUCGGGCAUCUCGGGUCUCAAUCACGCGUAUCGUGAACCUCAGUUGGCAUUCCUUCGUCAUCAUGACGCGACAACCCAUCGUUUAUGGUUCUUUUGGCUCUCUGACGAUGCUGUUGCUCCGGCCAUUGCGGCUGUCCGAUGCGGCUGCUAUGGCAAUUGUGCCUUUUUCGGACCAAAUGCUUCUGGGAAGAUGCUUUUGGACGAGGUAGUGACCGGGAUCUUUUCGAGACGGGCCGUCUUCGUAUCCAACUUAAAGCAAAAUACGCCUACUUCUCCUGUUGCAACAAAUGCAACAGUCAACCCAUCAUCAAUCUCUCCAGGAGCUGACCUAACCUCCGAGCGCAACCUGGGUGUGAACUUUGGUGAAAGUCUUCUUGAACCAGACCAGCUGCUCUUCCAGUUGCACAAUCACAACAUCUGUUCUGAUACAUCGAAUGGCUUUGCAUUGAUGCGCAUGGAGGCUGUGAUGGCUGAUGAGUCGGUGAAGUUUGAAACAACACCCACCUCACGAACCUGCAGUUUUUGUUCUUCGGACGAAGAGGCAGACAGUUUUAGUGAUGGUGACAGCUAUGAGUCUGAAUCCUCAACUAUCGGAGUCUCAAUCGUAAGCGGUGAAGGUGGACAAAACUUCGAUUUGAGAGGAAGGCUGCGACGACACUCGUCUCCGAGGCAGGCUGAAAGUCAUGCUAAUCAGGAGCCAGUGUCUGUUGCGUACUUCGAGAAGUCGUUGGUUGCCAACGAAGAAGUUGGGGGCACGGGCGUUGUGGAUCCGCAGUUUCUAGAUGAUAAUCUUUCCAUAACGAGUCUCCUUGAUGAUUUAACAAUCGGACCACCACCAUCUCCUCCACCACCACCUCCUCCUCCAAGGCAAGCGGUCUCUGGGACAAGUGCAACUCGCGCUUCUACGAAUUCUGUCCCUCUUUUUACUGAAGCUAAAGUGGCUCACUCUAACUACCGAAGAGGUAGUACGAACUCCUUUCAUUCUGACCGUGGACUUUCACAUACUGGCGAUGAUUCAACGCUCUCUGGGGACGAGUUUACAGCUAAAUUUGUUGACCUCCAAGGCCAACUGAAUCGUCCAAUCACAGAGAGCAGCCUAUUGAGAACAGCCUACGAGCGCCACUUGAAUCGAUAUAUCAAUAAUGUGGAUAUAUGUCCCCCUCUCCGAUUAAAACGUCGGUGGCGGGUCUGUCGACGUUUUCGGAAUCGUCUACAAGAUGCAACAAAUGCGGGUGAUGGUGUUAAUGAAGGAAAGGAAAGUGUUAGUGCGACGCCCAAAUGCAAUUGCCGCAUAGGUAUUGCAAAGGCUCCAGAGUUUCUUUGCUCAGCCACGGGUUUCUCCUUCCGCUCAAUGAUUGACGCAACAUCAGGCGCGAUGAUUGCAGAAAAUCCUGCAACCUGCAAUGCCCUAAUAUCAGAUACUAAUUGCAUUCCUUCGUCAUUCCGUAUUUCGGACCUUCGACCACUACUUUAUCCUCACUGCUGUAAUGCGAGACUGUGCGAAUCUUCGACAGCAUCGGUCUCGCGCUCCUCCACUACUGUUUCUGUUAUUGGCCCAGUAGAUAUAUUCCUCACACCGCUCUGCGCGGAAUGCAUCGACAGGUACAUCACAAUCAUGGCUGCGGUCUUAGCUAAUUCUCCACCGGGUUCCGUUAUCGACGAAUUGCAUUUCAAGUGUUUACUGUCUGCCGGUCGCCAAGGUAAAGUGCUCUUCGAAGAACAGCUAAAGCAACGCCAACCCCGGAGCGUAAAUGUCAGUAGGCCUCAGCAACCGCGGCCGCCUCAGUCUUCUACCAAGCGUCCAACGAGCCGCUCUAUAUUUUUCGAUCAAUUUUCUGAGAACGCUGUGAAAUUCCAUAAACUUAGUUUGGAUGAUGGAACCACUGUGAUGGAAACUCCAGAUGAAACAGAUGCUCAAUGCAAACGUUCUGGUGGUGCGGAUAGCCCAUCGAUAGCAUGCGGAACAAAGCAGCCACCGCCGGCGUCAACCACGGCCCGUUAUCACCUGGCCGAAGAAAACAACCUCGUGGGCCUUCUUUCGUUGGGUCGUGUGAACAUCGGCUUCAUGCAGAUCUAUGCCAUUGAGGAUGUUGUUACAGUUGAUAGUCUGUCUCUGGGCCUUCGCGAUCUUACUUGUGUAUCAUUAUUAACACUUGCUGUCGAUACUGUUAAGGUUGAGGUACUCAAUAACAAAAGAAUUCUGCACUAUGGUGUUGACCACGGUGAACUUACACCAACACCGCUGAACUGCGCCACUGACGUAAUCGCUCGACCUCCUCGAGGAGAGCGAGCAUUGAGUGAAUUUAAUGAGGAACGCAAUGAUGAGGAUGCAUCUACGGCUGCUUCUCCUCUCCUCUCCUCUCCCAUUCGUUGUGACAAAGCUUGGAGUUCAGUGGCACAGGGUUUGGCCUCAGUUCCGUGUAGCUUGGGGCAACUCCCUCUUGGCAACGUUGGUGCUACGGCGUCAUCGCCGGUAACUCCCACACCCACACCUGCAAAGGUGGUCAGUGCCACCGAGGUCCGCCACACAGAGCGCCUUGUCUGCAAUUUUUCCAUCUCCCGCAUUCAUUCGCAACUGCGUCGUCUCACACGCGAGUCUUCAUUUACUCCUGAGGUUCUCCUCACAGCGAUUCCCUUCUCUGCUUCCCGUGUCUUUUUCGCCUUUGACUCGGACCAGCAGUGUCGUGUCUCUGCACGAAAAUCUCCUCCCAUUGGCGAACUUUACACCGGAGUCCAUGGGCAAUUCCCUGCCGCUUCCAUCUCCCCGCCCCCGCUGUCGCCUCAUUUGGGUACCGCGGAACCCGAGCUUCCUGGGCACUCGGCUGGUUGGAUAAUGUUCGAGUCCGGCAUGGAAGAGCUGACUCUGCUGUUUGUUCAAAGAAAGGGGUACGGUGAUUCGUUGGAAGAUAAAUCUGACCAGAAGACUGUGAAAAAACAGUCAACAAGGGUUAGUGCAAAUCCUUCAUUUGAAUGGGACGUAGAAGCUGGGGAGGAAAGUGCUGAUAAUAACAUGGAAUCGGGAAACAAUUCUGCAAAAGAGCCUAGUGCAAAAGCCAACGGGGAAAAGGACAGUGCUGAGGAAAUGAAGAAUGCUUUUUUGCUGGACCUGCACGUCAAGACUGUGUGGCUCAACUUCCCGGCUCCCAAACAUCUGCCGAAUAAACGUCGCGUGGAAAUUAUCCGCUCUGAUUGGAACUUCUUGAGCACUGUGACGCCAACAGUAAACGCUUGGAUCGGACCAUGCAAUCGACUUGUGUACAACUCAAAGCAUCUAGUUUUCCUUGCGGAUCGGCGAAUUCUUUCUGUUCUUGCUUGUCUCAUGAUGGAGACGGUAAAUGGUGAAGUUCCCCUUCCCGAUUUCCGGAAGCAACUCCGUUUCAGUUCACUUGAAGAUGAGGCCUUCAGUGCCUAUUCAACUUGGCGCACACCGGACGCGCGUCGUCUGCGUUAUGACCCUUCUUGUCAGAUAUUCACCGCCCUUCGGCGUCAUCUGCAAGCCUUACGGAAGCAAUACGGCGAGGCUUACCUAACAUCUUGUCUGGAUGAGUGGCUUCGUGAGUCUGUUCUCCCUGAAAAGAUGAUGCUUCUGCGUGGUCUCUUCCUGAUACUCCGCGAAUGGCGUGUCGCCGUUGAUGUCAUGAUGCUGCCAGUAACAGUACCAGUGUCAAAUCGCAACCAGGCUGUUUUCCUUAGUAAGAAUAGAGAAGGCAUCGUUGACAAUGAAAAAGUGGUUUUUUCCCCUGACAUGGAGGAGCGACGACCCUCAGGACUGACGUUGCGUAUGUUCGAACUCAUGACACGGAAUGCGGAGUGGAAUACUCGAAAAGUCAGUCCUCUAGGAGAUCAUCAGACCUUGGAGGUUACCGAUUUCGUGGAUGAUGUAGACGAGGUUGAAGAGGAGGGUCACUCCGAUGUUGAAGACGUAAAUUUUGAUGAAACAUUAAUUCAUGACCCAAGAAUUCGUUGCGAGAAUUCUAUCCUUCGUCGCUUCCUUCAGGAUGCUCAGCAUGGAAUUAGGCAGUCGGAAUCCAGUGCAAAUGUUUUAGACGCGAACGAUUCCUCUCCAACCCAACUAUCCUCUCGAGUAGUACUAUGUGACCCAUCUCGAUUAGGAACCACCACCGAAAACUUCGUGCGAAACCCGCAGUCUUCUUCUUUGGAUGUUGAGCCGGGAACAUUGUUUUGCGGAGAAACCCAGAAGGUCUCGGAAAGCGAGAAAAGCGAUCACCGCAAAAAUUCACUACAACGCCGUUCUCCUAUCACACCGGAAGACGUGAACCAGGUCAACCAUUUAAAGGGUCAAUUCCGUUUUGUUGAUGACGCACAACGACUCUUUAGACCACUGCUUGAAGCCAUCGGGGUUAAUAUAAAGGGUGUUCGUCGCAGCACGUUGAUGAAGAAGUUUGGAGGUCUUUUUGCAGCUGAAGGAAUGCUUGAUUGUUUUCAAGUUGAGAUCUGCGAUUCAUUGGACAACCCAUUGCAGAAAAUCGACUCACUGCCUUUCAAAUCUUCGGUCGGUGCCAAAAAUGUCAGCACCCGGAGUCUAAAAGCAAGCACCUCGCCUAAGGGCAGCCUCAAUAAUGCAUCGGCUGGGUCUAGAUCAACUUACAACAUUCACAAUCCCUCUGCCCAGCGUGCCUUAAUGUGCCACCGAAUUUCGACCAAAGUCACGCUUCGUGACGUUGUCGGAUUCAGCAAAUCGGACAACUUCAAGUCGCGACUUGGUGAUGUGGAACUGCGCUCAACGACAACCAAAAUCACUGCCGCCCUUCACUUUGACAAUAUUAGCCAACAUUCAAACAUGCCACUUUUUCGGUUGACUCACCAGUUUGUCACAAUGAUUUACUGUGCUCAAGAUGCUCAAAAAUCUGCAGAUAGGCGACGAAACUCCGCCUCUUGCAACCACACUGUAGACGCUAAAGGCUCAAUUGCUGACACCGCUGUAAGUGGCAGCACCCUUAAAUCGCGACCGGAUUAUGUUCGACUCAGUGGUCAGUCGCAGGAUAGUACAACCGACAGUACUGCGUUCCAGCAGUCAUCGAGUGUUGCAGAUGCAAACGUUGCGUUUGUUGGUAGUGCGCCUACCCAAGUGCAUCAAAAAGAGGCAACAUCAAUAGAUGUUCAUUUCGAUUCCUCUCUCAAUUCCUCCCUACGUAAGCUUGUUGAGACGUCAGUUAAUUUUUCGGAAAACAAAGGAGAAGAACAAGGUGAAACGUAUGUUCCAGCCCCCUCGUCUGCAGUCUUUCAACCAAAUGUGGGUGUCGGAGUACAUCAAUCCUCGAUACCUGGAUGCUGGCGCAGGAUGCUGCGUUAUAUUGACCUCUAUUCGACUGUGCCUGAAACGAAGAACAUCACGACGAAGGAAUCAGCACACAAGGAUGAGCCUGCUCAACAGACAGCUGCUGCUACUUCCCGCUUCUCAUUCAUGGGUGGUGUCGGGAGUGGGAGUCAUCACGACACCGUUGACCUCGAGGCGGGUGUUCGACGCCACUCCGUCUUGUCAACAUCCCACGACUCUGUGGCCAAAAGGGAACACCAAGUUGCUUUGACCUCGCCCUGGUUCAAGACUUCCGAGCGAACACCAAUGGUUGUGUUCAUUACGAUGCGGGUUCGUCAGAUGACUGUGUCAGCGGUUCUCUCUGAGGUCAACCUUACUGCAGCCGUGAGAAACAUUCACGGGUCCUUCACCAAGACCGACCGAGUUCGCGGACACAGCCUUUUCAAGGAAACAUCAUCGAACUUUAGUUUAUCAGGCCAUUUCGGUGAUGCAGAUGUUCGACUUGUCGAAGGAAUUGGCAAGUUUGCCCAAGAAGCCGCCUUCAUGAAGACUAGCCGUUCCCACGUUCUGCUUUCCUGUGCUCGAUCCUCACGUCAUAGUGAAAAAAAUGCCUGUAGCAUCGGACUAGGGCGCGUUGAGGUCACGGUGCCCCAUCAUCCUGUGCGUCUUCAUGGAAUGGUCCAAAGACAGGCCAGACAUCUUAGCACUACUGUCUCAGAAUUCCUUCAACUGCCUACGAAUCUUGCUGCCUCAUCAUCUUCAAUUGGUCGGAGGCGAACGUGCACGGACGGGGCUUCCGCAGCGACUCUUGAAUGCACGAACCGCAGAGCUGAGGCUGAAGGUCUUCGCCCCAUUGGAAAAACUGGUAUAAGUGAGCCUCCGACGGUCAUUAGCAUGACCGCAGUUGCCAGAGGUCUCACUGUUAGCGUCUCACUCCAUCCCACCCUCAAUGCGGUGUACACUGUGGACCCGGUGUAUUUUCUCGGGCAGAUCGGGCCGAGAGGCUAUUUGGAUAUCAAUGUUACAAAGCACAUGCUCCGGUUCGAAUCUGUACGUCUACCCGUCAUCUUCCCUCGAGCUGUUUGUCUCCGCUUACCGAAAAUCCUGGCCUUUGUUGCUAGGCGACAGUGUCCUGGUGGACGUUGUGUUCUAGAUUCCACUGCAGAGCCUGUUGUUCCUUGUGGUCUACACUCACGUGAAGGGUUGUACAUCGAUGUACGCGUUUCUGUUGGUGUAUUCGAACAAUGUUUGCCUUCCGAUAUGCUGAAUUAUAUCGUCGUCGUGGUCAAGCUCUUCAUGAAGGAGAUAAAUGAAGUUAUUCGGAAGAUGGCCGGUGAACAACAAACGUGGUCGUCAUCUGCAUCAGCAGCUGCAGCAACUCGUUCACAACCCCGAUCCGUAUAUCAGCAAACACAACACUCACGCCGGUGCUCUGCGUUUGCGACCACAUCAGAUCCAACUUUUGAGGCGCCUUCUGCGUCAUCUAUUCGCUCGUCGAUUUUAACUCGCUUCAGUUUCCGCUUGAAACUGGGUGGAAUUCGUCUGCUUGCAACAACUGCCAAUGGAGCUGUGAAGUUCGAGACCUCGGAAAUGCAUGUGGAACUCUCCAACAGAGUGGAAAGGACACACACGAGUUGGUAUACCGAUUCUUCUUCCUCCUUCUCUGCUCGACCCUACGUUUGUGGCCCCGAUGCCUCAACCCCUACUCCACACAGAAAGAAGUCUGAAUAUUGGCAACCUACCAGGGAUUCCAAUCUGCCCCCUCAAGCACCCUCUGACACACUUUCCGCGACAAAUUCUGAAUCAAUUCUUAUCUACGCCAAGAUCGAUCGCCUGAGCAUCGAAUUGGGUCAUCUCGAUCAGGAUGCUUUUUAUAAAGUCUGGGCACCAGAAUUUCGCACGCUGGCCUUCUUCCGUACGGCCAUUGCUCUGCGCUCCCUCUUAGCCGAAGAAGUGAACUCAGCCACCAACCAACAACUGCAUCGAAAUCCACAUCCUAAAGCGUCCGAGGAGAUUGGCUCACGGUCAGGUCACGCUCAAUCCGUUCCUCCCCGAACCGGAGAUGUUUCUGACUGUGGUGGUGCUGGUAGUCACUCUAGUGCAGCCAGUGGUGCUAGCAGUGUUGUGUUCACGCCGGUCGAUGAAGCUAGUGGCGGGCAGGCUUCUCAUCCUGUCGAACAAGAAGCCUUCCUCGUAUAUCUCCGGCGUCCAAUUAUUUGGGCCAAGCCAUCAGCUUUCGAUAGAGCAAUACUCAUUUGGAUGGUCUACAAUAGUGAAUUCGCCAAAUGGAAUGAGCACAUGCAGCAGUUAGACACAUUGUCUGGAGUUCAUGCCGCCUCUCCAAAAGGCAAUAAACCACGCUCUGCACCACCUCCUCAUUCCACGGCCUCACCGCCCCCUUCAAGUCCCUCCUCCAUGGACAACACAACUCCUGGGCGAUCAGGAAGCCCGCCUAAUCGCGGUCACUCACGCGAACCCACCAUGCAGCCGGUUCUGAAUGUUGAGGACUUGGGCAUCUGUUUGCCCACAAACAUCCUGCAGAUGAGUCCCCAGUCAAUGGAGGUGGAUUCGCGGACCGCACUUGUGCUGACAUUGGAGCAGAGCCGAAUUUCCGCCUGUGUACGUGGUUCCUUGGCUAGUGAAGGCGAGUUUACCGAUUUCUGUCUGCGAUUUGACGACGAUUUUAACGUGGGUUCAGACGAUUGGAAGCCUGAUAGAGGACGCUCAACGAUUACCGUUAAGAAGGAGGACCAUUUAGUUGUAAUGAACUCCUGUGUUGUGCCCAGCGGCACCUUUCGUGUCUGUUGGAGGGCGUUUGAGAGCCUACGCGCAGACGAGCGGGGCCGUUGGUUAGUCAAGAUCCACUACCAGAUGCGCGGCCUCGACGUGCACAUGGACGACAACAUUGGACGUAGAUUGAAGGCGCUCUUCGACAUCCUUACUAUCAUGACAAGUACCGAUGGAGAACAGCAGACUGUCAUUAGCGGAGAGGGAAGUGCGAAUGCUGUUGCCACUUACAAGCAGAACUCCUCCACUUGCGAGGAUGCCACAAAUGCCUUUCCAUGUCGUUGUGACGAUCCAGAGUAUGAAUUGCAGCCAUCAAAUUUGUUGGACGUCGAACUGCAACAUCAGCAGUUCAGUCAGUACAAGCGCUUUAAGUUGAGCAAUUUGCGCAAGAAGACAGCCAUAACAAGUUCAUAUUCUCAAUGCGGUCUCCGGAGAACUGGCUCGCUGGUAUCAGAGGAGAGACAACAUAGGCAAACGAAUAACAUCCUGCCUACUCCAACCCUGUUGGAAGACUGUGGUGAGCUAGUCAGCGCUGCAGGAUCUCCAAACGCUUCCUGUUUAUCAGCCUCCUCACGUGCUGGAUCCAUCUACUUUGAUGCCGACGAUCCAGCCACGGGAAUGUUGGCGGCUGACAAUCAACCCUCGACCCCUAGCCAUCUACUUCGGGGCCUUCCUACUCUUCAAAUCGAUAAGCCUUCUGAAUACAAGACUGAUACCCAUUCUUUGCGAGAUGACUGCCCAUUUGAUGUUGAAAACCCAGCUGAAGAAGCAGCUUUAUCUGUUCUCUAUUCAGAACAGGACGAGUCUCAACGGCCUCCCACUCCACCUCCUAGAACCAACGCUUUUAUUUCAUCUGUCCGCAAGCCCUUACAAGAAUCUCAAAAAACACAGCCACAAACACAGCUGGAGGAACCGUCUCGGAGUAGUUUACUUUUCGAACUGGAUAUCAAUAUCCACGUUGAUUCUGGCAAGUGUGGUCUCCAUCCUAGGUUGCCGAAAGUGGAGGAAGGAUGUGGCAAUGGCUGUGGUAGUCAGACGUGGCCCACGUCCCCAGGUAUAGGCAGCCCUUUGUCACUACAGGAUGAUCCGUUCAAGGCCUACUUAUCUAGAUAUAAGCGACACUUGUCCCAAGAUCCCCUAUUGAAGCCUACGGACAUCUCUGUCUUCUUUCUACCGGCGCUCGAUGUUGGGCUCCACUACAAAUCGCACACCAAAUACGAUCUCUGGAAUCAACAGGUUCACCACGUGUCUUCAGAGGAAGAACGUAAAUUAGAGCAUAAGCUCGAGGACAGGAGUUUCUUCAAUAAUGCUGCAGCGACGAAAAUAGAUGCCACGGCAUCCCUUACUGAACCGGAAGAUAGGCCAAUGCACGACAAAGGUGUCCCACCGGCGGUCCUCCCCCUCGCCUGUACCAACGGAUCUCCAGAUGUGGGUCGCUCGGCCGACCUGUACGCCAGUAUUUCGCUCAUUGUGCACCCUGGCCUGCUGGAUUUCUUGGAACAGGCGUUAGAAAAUCUUCCAGUUGUGAUGGAUUCGGCGUCCGAUGAUGCUCAGUCAACACAACCAAAGUCUUCGGUUCAACUUAAUGACGUUCUAGUGACCAGUACAAGGACAUUUUUGGUGGAUGUGGUCGUUCAUCUCCGAAUGCAGCCAUCUACUAUUCGGUUCCUUUGUCUUCCAUCCUCCCAAAUGCAAUGUCUCAUCACCCUUCCAUCUCUAAAUGCCGUAUUCUCAUCGGAGCGCCUAGCUGAAGGAAGUCUUGAUGGUACUCGAGAGAAGCCAGUUGGUCGCCUUUCACUUCCGGUGGACAUGGCUGAGAAUGUUGCUCUUGGUGACAUUGUCUCUGCCAGUGGUCUUAAUAUGACCAUCAUUCUCAAUGAAUUCCGCAUGUCAGUGUUCCAUCCUUACGGUGGAGGCAUCGGCGGCGGACUCCGAGCAUCCUCAGACGCCGACGGCACUUCUCCCGGUGACUCCCUGACUCUUAAGGUUCGCGACAUCCGUCUCAACAUCAGCCGAACCGUACAAACCAACAUUGUAAAUCACCAGCAGCAGGCACAACAGCCGAGCGAUGGCGCUGCGUCCGAUGUCCGGACUGCUACCGCAACAAUGAAUAGUUAUGUGACUGCCAGUUCUGGAGCCAACACUAUCUCCCUCCAUAACAUUGUCAGAUUUUCAGGCGUUGUUGAUAUUGGCGUGGCAGAAUUUAAGUGCGACACAAGAAGGAGCCUGGAGAUUCUACACAUUCCCAAGGCCUGGUAUAGGAAAAGCCUUGCUAGGGCUCUUUUUAUUGGAAAGGAUUCACGGAUCCCGCAGUCUGCGAAUUCAGCAACAGCUCAGCGAGCGGGCACAACAGAUGAUGAAGAUGAUAACGAGGUAGACGACUGCGACGACGAUGACGACGACUCCGUGAGCCAGGACGAGGGUGAGGUCACUCGCAGCAGUUGCACCCCUCCGCCGGUAUCCGAAGCCACCAAUACCCUUGCCUCCUGGUUGCAAAAAGGUCCACGGCUCCGGUCCAAAAUUCGAAUUGGCGCCGGGACAGCUGGGGCUCCAAUUAAACCCACCAUCUCAACUUCUGCGAGCAUGGUGAAUCGUCGGAGUGCAACAACACCACGUGAGGGUCUGAACGACUCGCUGACUGAUCGAUUCGUCUCCAACACAACAACCCUGACUCCUCUGGUUGGUCCUGACGAUAACGGGGCCGGAGGAGGCCCCUCUUCGACAAGCCGCCUUAGCAGCGUGAGGGUCGUUUCGUGGCAAGCUCUUCCGAUUUUCUACGCCAAGAUCGGCCACCUUGAUGUCAGGACGUAUAUGGGAAGCGCAAUGGGUCUCACAAAACUCGACGUUCGGAACAUUUUCUGCGAUGGUCGUCUUUAUCAGGACUCCUCAAAGCGUCGUCAGGGUUCUCUAGGUGCUGGCAUUAAUCUCUGCCACUUUACCAGCGAGAAGGGGGUUGUUGGGGGAGAAUUUACUCUGCUUGAUUUGGAUUCGCGGAUAAACUUUAAAGAAGACCCACAAUGCGACCCUCAACACAGCGCCGAACUUCUCUUGCGCGGUUUCCAGCUGAGCAUUGAGUACAUGAACACGAAUCUCGUUUUCCUCCGACUAAAUCAAGCGGAGAUGUACUUGAACGACGAGUGGCGUCUGCGAGAGGCAGAUCAUCUUUCUGUGGGGAAAACCGGUGUUGAGAAAGCAAAAGAUAUUGCAAUUUCUGCUCCGCGGAAAAUUUCUGCUUCCUCGCCGUUAGUUGAUGCCGAAGACGAGGCGACAACCCCUCAGCGCUCAGCUGCCAUCGGUGCCCCGCCCGUAUACGUCAUGAUCUCUGGCGAGAUCAACUGGGAUCAGUUACAGGUAGCAAUAGCCCGGACAACGACUGUUGAUUUAGUCCGCUCAGCUCGUAAAGUGCGUGAGUACUUUGAAGAACAACUUCGGGAAGGUCGUAACAGUUGGAUUGGCCAAGGUGACUACCUCUUACGACCGGACAGUUCCACUGUAUGCGUCGCCGGUAACGUCGGGGCUACCCCAGUGGAUAGUCUAUCCCUCCCAACGGAGAGUGGGGAGACUCUUGAGGGUCUUGAGCCAGCCACCGCAACGGCAGCCCUCGGUUUCUCCUGCACUGAGGAAAAUGUGGACACAUUACUUCAGCGCCACUGGCAGCGUCCGAUGUUGGAGGCCAUUCAAGCCUGUCUCGUUCACAUUGGAACGCAAGCUCCACAGGUGCGACGGAAUAUUCUCGAAUCAACCGCCCCAGCUGACGAGAACUCGGUCCCUCCUGUACUGGGAGGUUCUCUACAACUGGCCGGUAACACUCUGGCUUUGGCGUGUUUUGCAGGAACUUUUAGGUCUGCUCCGGAUUGGGCCGUCUUUGAUAUGCAACAGCCUACUAUUUGUUUUGAGACCGAAGCGCAGAGAGAACCGCGCACUCGACCCUCGGGAGCAACCGACCUCUUGACGCACAAGAAGUCGGUUGCCUUCGUCUCCGAGGCAUCGGAUGAAAUGCCCGAGAGCAUUGACGCAGUUGGUGGGUGGCUCAACGUCCGUCAGGUGCUCAGUUUCGAUCUCGGCCACCAGCUGCAGUACCGCCCUCAGACUGCCUACGUGCUCCGCGUGAGACGCGGGCGUGAACAGAAUCCGGUCAAGUUACCGACCACACCCACCAUUUCUGAAUGGUUGGAAUUCAUGUUUAAGGCGGUAGAUAAUACAGUUCUCAGCCAUGUUCGCGGAGCAAACCCGCACUAUAUCUCGGACAUGGUCAAAUUGACCGACUUCUCUGUUGACUUCGGUGCCUGCCUUUCGUCUACAAUGGAGACACCUAACGGCCCUAUCGGUGCCCCCACGUCACACAUUUUGCCAGAGCGUUCCAGCACUCUGAUUCCUAUUGUGACUGUGAACCGUCCGAAUCCUUUGAAACCACCCACUGAGGCGGAGAUUCUUUUCGUCCUGCCCUCUGUCUCAAUGCGUCUGACUAGCGAUCAGCGUCAGACCAUGGCCCAUCCUAAGAUCUCCGAGCUCUUCAUUUUCGCUCAAGACCUUCAGCAGGAAAAAGCCGCUGCGGCAGCAGAAGCAGCCAAGCAAUCAAAGACAAAGGGAACCUACUUCGGCACCAAUUUUCCCGAGCCAUCUCUUUCAGUUGAUGUAGGGGAGAAUGAAACACGGGGAAGGGAGGACGAUGGCUCCUCUGCUAAAGUGCACCUCAGUUUUCAGACCGAUUUGCAUGGAGUGAUCCAGCUGGGACUGCUCGAUGUCCCCUGGCUUCCACUCCUCAUAAGGUCCUACAUAAACGAACAGAUGCACGACAUAGAAAACAUGGCCGUUCCCGACCCGACUUACGCCGUGACCCCUCGAACCCUUGAAUUGGCGAAAGAAGGCCUUUUACCGGGCAGUUGCGCGGCCGCCAGCACAGCGAGUACUGCUUCGCCUAUCGUGCAAGACCUUAGAAGCUACGACGUGAUACACUGGAACCUUUCCCCUGAAUGUCGUUGGCUUUUGGCUUCCAACAUUGCCGUACCAGCUUUCGAUAUGCUCCUAGAAAAGGUCGGCUUUCAAAGAGCACGAACCACUAUACCAAAGUGGCUUCAGCGUGGCGUCCUUGAUCACCUUGAUUCAGCAGUGGCGUGUCUCGUGCUUGCGUCAUUGCGUCUCACUGAUGAACAGCGACACGAACGAGAGAGGAAGAAAAAGAUGGAUAGGAAGUUGCAAGAACGCCGUUCCCUGGACUAUUACUACUGA